AUGCCUCAAGACAUGCCUCCCUCCGGAGGCUACGAGCCCGUCCAAUACCGCCGGAACCUCCCCGUACGCGGCUUCCGACCCGCAUACUACCUGCUCGGCGUUGCGGGAGUGAUGGUGUACGGCUUCUACAGAUUUGGGAAGGGCAUUAGGGAACAGAACGAGCUGGCGCGAGAGAAGAUGUGGUCACGGAUCCAUCUGAUCCCGUUAUUACAAGCUGAGGAGGACCGGGAUCAGGUGCGGCGCUUCUACUCGCAGCAGGCGUUGGAGAAGGAGCUAUUGGGCGCUGAGACGAAGGCGUAUAACUCUGAUCGAUUCGUACGGCCGACAUAUGCAGUGACACCUUCGCGUGUGACGAAAUAG